CGAUCAAUCAGUCAAGAUGUCUCACCGGAAGUUUGAGGCUCCUCGUCACGGCUCUCUGGCCUUCCUGCCGCGGAAGCGUGCUUCCCGUCACCGCGGCAAGGUCAAGUCCUUCCCCAAGGAUGACCCCAAGAAGCCCGUCCACCUGACGGCCACCAUGGGCUACAAGGCCGGUAUGACGACCAUCGUUCGCGACAUGGACCGACCGGGCGCCAAGGCGCACAAGAAGGAGGUCGUCGAGGCCGUCACAAUUAUUGAUACGCCACCUAUGGUCGUUGUUGGUCUUGUUGGCUACAUCGAGACUCCCCGUGGUCUGCGGUCCCUCACCACCGUCUGGGCCGAGCAUCUUAGCGACGAGCUGCGCCGCCGGUUCUACAAGAACUGGUACAAGAGCAAGAAGAAGGCGUUCACCAAGUACGCCAAGAAGCACUCCGAGAACAACGGCGCUUCCAUCACCCGCGAGCUCGAGCGCAUGAAGAAGUACUGCACCGUCGUCCGCGUCCUCGCCCACACCCAGAUCCGCAAGACCCCGCUCAAGCAGAAGAAGGCCCACCUCAUGGAGGUACAGGUCAACGGCGGCUCCGUGGCCGAGAAGGUCGACUACGGCUACGGUCUCUUCGAGAAGGAGGUGCCCAUCGACAGCAUCUUCGAGCAGGACGAGAUGAUCGAUGUCAUUGCCGUCACCAAGGGUCACGGCUUCAACGGCGUUACUGCCCGUUGGGGUACCAAGAAGCUUCCUCGCAAGACUCACAAGGGUCUCCGCAAGGUCGCCUGUAUUGGUGCCUGGCAUCCUUCCCACGUCCAGUGGACCGUUGCCCGUGCUGGUCAGAUGGGUUACCAUCACCGUACCUCGGUCAACCACAAGAUCUACCGCAUCGGAAAGGGCGACGCCGAGGACAACGCCACGACCGAGAUGGACGUUACCAAGAAGAAGAUUACUCCUCUUGGUGGCUUCGUCCGCUAUGGUGAGAUGAACAACGACUUCAUGAUGGUCAAGGGCUCUGUCCCCGGUGUCAAGAAGCGCGUCAUGACCCUGCGCAAGUCCCUCUGGACUCACACCUCUAGGCGCGCCAACGAGAAGAUCCACCUCAAAUGGAUCGACACCUCGUCCGAGUUCGGACACGGUGCUUUCCAGACCCCGGCGGAGAAGAAGCAAUACCAGGGUACGCUCAAGAAGGACCUUGUUGCUGCGUAAAAAAAAAGGCGCAUUUGGUUUCCUUGUAUCUUGGUCAUGGCAUUGGUGUCGAGGGUUCUUUCUCGUUACUAUCGGGAUGGUAUGGGAACUUUAUAACGGAUGACUUGAGAACCC